AUGUCUCUAAAGAAAUUCAAAUUGCUAAAUGUAGUUCCACUGAUACUCAAUGGUGUAUUAAAGACAGACGGCAAGCUAUACAAUGUCUUGGGGCCCAAGGACCACAAACCUAUACAUUCAAUGUCUACAAUUGAAGUUGCUCAGACUGCAAAUAUUUGUGAAAUAUCAAAGUUAGGGUUCCAAAAAUGGUCAAAAAUGGAUGCUUCCGAGAGGAAAACUGUAAUGCUGAGAGCUUCAGAUAUCCUUGUGGAGAAUAAAGACGUUAUAAUCGAUGCUCAGGUACAAGUUGGAAUCGAACAAGGAUUCGCAGGUUUCAAUGUCAAAUUGGCAGCUGAUUCAAUCAAAGACUACGCUCUGCAAAUAGAUGCCAGGCCCGGAAACCUACUCAAUUCAGCACUGACUGAUAUUGCUCUAGCAGUCAAUCAGCCAAUUGGACCAGUUUUAGCCAUGGCACCAUGGAAUGCUCCAGUGAUUCUUGCAACGAGAAGCAUUGCUGCGCCGUUAGCAGCUGGUUGUUCUGUGGUAUUCAAGACUUCAGAAAAAGCUCCACUUGUUGGAUACUUUGUUGCAAAGGCGUUUUUGGAAGCUGGCGUACCGAAAGAAACUAUGCAAUUGGUGAAUCUGGACCCUGAAAACACCCCAAGUGUUGUGGAAAGUUUCAUCUCGAACCCCAACAUCAGAAAAAUUAACUACACGGGAUCAACAGCUAUUGGUGGUCUGAUAGCACAAGUAGCUGGCAAGCAUUUGAAACCGGUUUUGUUGGAGUUGGGAGGUAAUAACUGCUCCAUAGUUGAACCAGAUGCAAUUAUAGAGAAAGCCGCGGCUACCAUCUUGGCGAGUGCAUGGUCAAAUAGUGGACAAAUUUGCAUGUGUACUGAUAAGAUAUAUGUUCAUGAAGACAAGUACGACGCUUUCUUGUCCGAGGCUAUCAGAACAGCCGAGAAAAUUGGCACUGAAAGUUAUCUUCGUACAAUUAUGGCGACCUCUAAUGCGAUAGCCUUGAUUGAAGAUGCGCUCGAAAACGGAGCAAAAAUCGAAUUUGGAAGCUUGACCAAGUUGAAUUCUAGCGAGGAGAACGUUCCUUUUACUCCACUCAUCUUGAGCAAUGUUUCCAAAUCCACAAAAUUAUAUUCAACUGAAACUUUUGCUCCCAUAGUUUCUAUCCACAAAUACACCGACAUUACCAAAGUUGUGGAGGAAGUCAACGACUCGAGUUACGGACUCAAGGCUUCGAUAUGGAGCUCUAAUGCCGUGAAAGCCUACAAAAUAGCAAGCGAGUUGGAAUCUGGAGCAGUUCACAUUAAUAGCUCUACAAUUCACGAUGAACCAGGAGUACCCCAUGGAGGUGUGAAAAAUAGUGGAAUUGGUCGGUUUAACAACUCUUGGGGUAUACAAGAGUUUCAGUCGUGCAAGGCCAUCACCAUCAAUGAAGCAUAA